AUGGGUGCUGCCUCUCCCGUGGCAAGGAAGAAGGUCACCCUCGGCACCAUACGGUCGCUGUUCAAGAAAAAGGAGCCCAUCACCGUCAUGACCGCCCAUGACUUCCCGAGUGCCUACGUCGCCGACUCGGCCGGCAUGGAGAUGAUCCUCGUCGGGGACAGUCUGGCCAUGGUGGCGCUGGGCAUGGAGGACACGAGCGAGGUCCUGGUAGAAGAGAUGCUGCUCCAUUGCCGAUCCGUCUCACGAGCAGCCAAGGCGGCCUUCACUAUCGGCGACCUCCCCAUGGGCUCGUACGAGGUCUCCCCAGAGCAGGCCCUGCAGACCGCCAUCCGCUUCGUCAAGGAAGGCCGCGUCCAGUCCGUCAAGCUCGAGGGCGGCCGCGAGAUGGCCCCCACCAUCCGCAAGAUCACCGCCGCGGGCAUCCCCGUCCUGGGGCACAUCGGCCUGACGCCCCAGCGCCAGAACGCCCUGGGCGGGUUCCGCGUGCAAGGCAAGACGUGCCCGGCGGCCCUCAAGGUGCUCGACGACGCCCUCGCCCUGCAGGAGGCCGGCUGCUUCGCCAUGGUGCUCGAGGCCGUGCCCGCCGAGGUGGCGGCCAUCGUGACCGGGGAGCUCUCGGUGCCGACCAUCGGCAUCGGCGCCGGCGCCGGCUGCGCGGGCCAGGUGCUCGUGCAGAUCGACAUGACGGGCAACUUCCCGCCGGGUCGCUUCAUCCCCAAGUUCGUCAAGAAGUACGGCGACGUCUGGUCCGAGAGCUUCCGGGCCAUCGGGGCGUACCGCGACGAGGUCAAGAGCCGCGCGUACCCCGCCCCCGAGCACACGUACCCCAUCGCCAAGGACGAGCUCGAGGCCUUUGCCAAGGCUGUGGAGGAAAAGUAA